CUCUCCAUAUAUACCGGCGUUAGCUCUUCUCAUUCACUCAACCCCCAUUCCCCAUUUCUCUCUCUUCUUUCUCUCUCUCCAACAUUUUCUGGGUGAGUUUAUCAGAGAAAUUGUUUCUGAUAGCUCAAAAAAUCCACAUUAUUAAGCUAUUGUUUUACAUACACACACACACACACACACACACAUUUACAGUAGAAACAGAUCUGUAUAUUGUACAUUUUAAAAACGAAAUGGAGAAAUCAGUGGGGCUCUGUUUUUCAAUGGCUCCCCUGUUUCUGGUGCUCUGUUUUCUUCUUCCUCCUGCAUUCGCCGGCCACGACUACGGCCAAGCUCUGACGAAGAGCAUUCUCUUCUUCGAAGCUCAGAGAUCCGGUUACUUGCCCGGUAGCCAGAGAGUCCAAUGGAGGGGUAAUUCCGGCCUCAACGACGGAAAAUUAAACGGGGUGGAUCUAGUCGGAGGUUAUUACGAUGCCGGCGACAACGUGAAAUUCGGACUGCCGAUGGCGUUCACCGUUACUAUGCUGUCGUGGAGCAUACUCGAAUACGGCAAGCAAAUGGGCGCCAGCGGCGAACUCGGCCACGCCAUUGACGCCGUUAAGUGGGGCACUGAUUAUCUCAUCAAAGCUCACCCUGAACCUAACGUCCUCUACGGCGAAGUGGGAGAUGGAAACACAGAUCACAACUGCUGGCAGAGGCCGGAGGAUAUGACCACCUCAAGAGCUGCUUACAGAAUCGACCCCAGCCACCCUGGAUCUGACCUCGCCGGAGAGACCGCCGCCGCCAUGGCCGCCGCUUCCAUCGUCUUCCGCCGCUACAAUCCUUCCUACUCGGCCGAGCUCCUUAAACACGCCUACCAGCUCUUCGAUUUUGCGGACAAGUACAGGGGCAAAUACGACAGUAGCAUAACUGUUGCGCAGAAGUACUACCGAUCUGUUAGUGGAUAUGCAGAUGAAUUAUUGUGGGGAGCUGCAUGGCUAUACAAAGCAACAAACAAUGGGUACUAUUUGAAUUACUUAGGGAAGAAUGGAGAUGCACUUGGUGGAACUGGUUGGGGCAUGACUGAAUUUGGUUGGGAUGUUAAGUAUGCUGGUGUUCAGACACUGGUUGCUAAGUUCUUGAUGGCAGGGAAAGGUGGAAGUUAUACACAGGUGUUCGGAAAGUACCAGGAGAAAGCAGAGUUUUUCAUGUGCUCGUGCUUGGGUAAAGGCAACCGGAACGCUCAAAAGACACCUGGCGGCCUCAUUUUCCGACAAAGAUGGAACAACAUGCAGUUUGUUACCAGUGCUUCUUUCCUCAUGACUGUCUACUCCGAUUAUCUAACAUCCGCAGGCAAGUCGCUCAAGUGUGCUAGCGGCAAUGUUUCCCCUACCGAGCUUCUUUCCUUUGCUAAAUCUCAGGUUGACUACAUACUAGGAGACAACCCGCGAGCCACGAGUUACAUGGUUGGAUACGGAAACAAUUACCCGAAACAAGUGCACCACAGGGCAUCCUCAAUUGUGUCCUAUAAAGUUGACCCAUCGUUUAUUAGCUGCAGAGGAGGUUACGCCACUUGGUUUGGCAGAAAGGCCAGUGACCCUAACCUCCUCACUGGUGCAAUUGUUGGUGGACCCGAUGCUUAUGACAAUUUUGCUGAUCAAAGAGAUAAUUAUGAGCAAACGGAGCCUGCUACGUACAACAAUGCCCCGCUUCUCGGCAUUUUAGCCAGACUCCAUGCUGGUCACAGUGGCUAUAAUCAACUUCUUCCUGUGGAGUUACCUAGUCUUAAACCAUUUGCUGCAAAUCUAAAUCCAGCAGCAAAGCCAUGGCGAGACCCUCUCCAGUUUCGUCGUCUACCAAAUCGAUUGUUGUUACUCAGAAGGUGACAGCUUCGUGGGUUCAGAAGGGAAAGAUUUACUACAGAUACUCGACGACAAUCACGAACAAGUCAUCCAAGAACUUGAAGAAUUUGAAGGUUUACAUCUCCAAGCUAUACGGUCCUCUAUGGGGCCUAACAAAAUCAGGCGAUUCCUACAUUUUCCCGUCGUGGGUGAACUCUUUGGGUGCUGGAAAAAGCAUCGAGUUUGUGUAUAUUCACUCUGCUUCUCCAGCAGAGGUGUCGGUCUCGAGCUACAAUCUCGUUUGAUAAGCCGGAGAAAGAGGUUUAUUAAUCACACUUCACUCCGUUUGUUACUUUGGGUUGUGAUAAAGAAAAUUGUGCAGAUAUAUAUUAUAUAAUAUAUAGACGACACCAUCCAGUUUGAAGUUUGAAGUUACUUUUGAAGUUAUGUGUUGAUUUGUGAGUAGGAUUUAAAGGGUAAAUAAGGUUGAGAAAUGGAUGAAGAAAGGAGCGAAGAGACGAAUAUUGAAACGGGUGCUCAUCCUCUUUCUUCUCCUACAGUGAAAAAGAGAUGUGAUAAUGAGAGAAGUCAAGAACACAUCUCCCUACAGAUUGAGUUUCUUUAGUUUUUUCCAUUUGAUGUGUUUGAUUGAUGUUGUUGUAACCUUUACAACAUUUUGUUGCUUUUUCCCAAUAUGAAUAUAUACUAGUUUGCUUAAAAUCUUGUUUCUCUAAGCCUACUUUUCCAUUUUCUUAGGUGUAUGGCAAAUUUUGUUGUCUU